UGCGAAGUGCAGUCACUGCAGGGGUACCGUGCGGCAGGCACAAACACAGCUUUUAACUCCAAAAUCACAGUGACAGGGUUACAAGGGCGUUUGAACUGAAUUCCCCAACAAAGAUGCGAAGAGCAAGGAUUAGUAUUAAGCCUAAUGUCAGGCCAGGGGGUCGAGCUGUGGCCCCUACAGCAGAAAGCAAGACUUCCCAAGAGCCAGCAGCUGUUGACAACACCCAACAAACGCAUACAGGAGAGAAAAUAGACUCACCGUCAACCUCUCAACAGUCUCACCUGGAAGUGAGAGGGCCUGCUGUGGCAACAGGAGAGGGAAAUGUUCCCGGCUGUCCCUCAGAGAAAGCAUCGGUUAACACUGGUGAUGGAGUGCCCUCUAGUGCCAUUACACCUGCAGCUACAGCACUUCAGAGGAGGAGCAGGAUUUCUGCCACACCAAACCUGGCCAGACCCAAAGUCCGUUCUGUUCCCCCUGCAUGUACUGGAAAGAAUGCUUCUCUUCCGUCAGUGCCAUCCAAGUCUUCUCCUGAGCCCCCUGUUCCAGCUGCUACCAGCAGAGAUGAUUCUCAAAACUCUACAUUGUCAGAUUCCAUCCUUAAACAGACUAAUGCAACAAUCAACAGCACUCCAUCUUCACCUAGUCGUGAGCCUUCUGUCCAGAAUACAUCUCCAUCAUCUACACAGCUUCAACAAGAGCUCUUUCAUACUCCCAAAAAAUCCCGUUCUGCGCCCCAGGAAGCAGUCAGUCCAUCUUCAUCCAUCUUAUCGCCAUGUAUAAAGUUGUCACGUUGUUAUGGACCAGGUUCUCCACUAAAGAAUUCUGAAAUGUCGGACAAGCAGCGAGUUAUGAGAGCCCUCAAACUGAAAGAACUAAUGAAGCUGGAGAGGAGGAAAGUAUUGAUGAAGCGAAAGAGUGGACUGCGUAUGUGUGAGCCCAGCGAUGAAGUGGAUCUUAGCAAAAUGACCCUAGCUGACUUCAUUUAUUACCUACCAGAAACAAACCCUAUGAAGUCCUCCUUUUCCAAGGAGGAGGCUCCAGCAGAGACUGUUGUUCCACCAUCACCCAAGUUGCCACCAAAGCUGGCAGAACCAGAAGAGGAAGAUGAUGAUGAUGACUUGAUGGUUCCCAAAGUCAAGGUAGCAGAGGAUGGCACGCUGAUUUUAGAUGAUGACAGUUUGACAGUGCGUGUCCAGAGGACAUCUGAUACAGUUGUUGAGGAUGCAACUCCACUGUUUGAGAGAGGCAAUACCACAACAUACAUGAGCUUCAGAAAGAGCUGUCAUGUGAAGAACUGGUCUGUUAGAGAGACCGAUAUGUUCUAUUUGGCCAUUAGUAUGGUCGGAACAGACUUCUCUAUGAUGGCUCAGCUAUUGACUCAUCGAAGCAGAACGGAAAUUAAGAAUAAAUUUAAAAAGGAGGAGAAAACAAAUGCAUGGCGAGUGGAUAAAGCAUUCAGAAACAAGCGGCCGUUUGACAAUGAGUUUUUCAGUUUUCUGCUGAAGAGGGUCUUGGAGAAAGACAAAAAAAGCGGCAAAUCAAUUAAACUGGUUGUUAAACCCAAUAAAGCAAAUAAAGGCAAAGGUGGCAAAAAAGGCAAAAAGCAUGAGGAUCAAGACAUUGAUGAUGAUAUUCAGGAUGAGGUGGACAUUGGAGAUAAUGACUCUCUUGAUUUAGAAAAGGAGAAUGAAGACAGUAAUAAUGUGAAGGUAUCUGACUCGACAUCCAGCACCAGCAAAAAGCGUAAGCGCAAAAGAGAGUCUGAGCCUAAAGGGUCGCCUGGUGAGAAAACAUGCAAGCGAAAGAAGAAUAAGAAGAAAUCCAAAAAAGGUGAAGAAAGUAACUCUGUACAAGUGGAAAAUGACUCUGUGAAUGCUGAGAAUGAAGAUCCAUCAUUGAUUCCCAUAUCAAAAAAGAAACGGAAACGUUCAAGAAAGGGUGAAGAGAAGAUGUGUGAAGAGCUAGAAGACAAACCCAAGGCAAAAAGGAACAAAAAGACCGUUAAAGUACCAGAUGAAGAAUCUCUUGAUAUUGAUGGAGAAAACAGUCAAGCCAGUAUAGAGCACAAGGCUGCUGAUACAUCUAAGACAUGCAAGCGCUCCAAAAAGUGUAAAGAGGAAACUGCAAAAGGAAAACGCAAAACCAGAAAGAGCAAAAAAUCUUUUGAAGAGUGUACUGGAGAUGAUCUGAAUGAUGUUAGUAGUGAAGUCUCAACAGCAGGACCUGAUGCUGAAAAGGAUCAGGGAGACAAGCCCACUCUGGACACAGUAGCUCAGGAGGAGACUCCACAACACACUUCAAAAAGGAGCAAGAGGCCUUUGCCAAAAAUACCCAAAAGAAAAGCUAAAAAAUGCUCUGUGUCCAAUGCACAGUUGGAGGAUGAAGAUGCAGCACCAGAAGGUCAAGAUGCAAACUGCAGAAAAACAGACAGUGAGAUCCAAGUCGACAGUCUUGUAGAUAGUCAGCUCCAGAAACAGGCAGUUGUUGUUCUGGAGAGAACUCCUCCAAGGCUUAUAAAGACACAUGGCUGGUCUGUAAGCCCAGACCAGUCGCAGACCGCAGAGAGCCUGCAGGGUUCUCCUGGUCGGCAGACGAGAGCAGAAAAGGCCAAACGGAAUCUAAUUGGUUCUGAAAGAGAGAGGAACGAGAUGGGAAGGAUGGACGAGUGUCAAACUGCCUCAGGGUCAGAUACAUCAGCAGACAACAUGACAAUGACUACUCAGGCCUGUCAGGAUGACACCCAAGAAUCUAAAACGAUGGAGGCAGAUCAACACAUGAAAGGGGAUUUUAGCAUUCAGACAGAAGGUUCGACAGAAGUAAGUGAUCAGAUGCUUUUGAAAAGACCACUUGUCAUGCUGUUUCAUGAAGAAGUGCACCACUACCUAAAAGUCCAUACAAAAACUGAAGAGAAUUCAUCAGCCUCUGAAAGUCACCUAGAUGCCGUAUCUGCCAAAGUCAAAUCUGUGGAAGAGCAAAUGGAUUGUCCUGUGGAGAAGUCUGCUUCUGGGGCUACUCUAGAGGAGGUCUCUCAAUAUCCAGGGAUGAAGGAAUCUGCCUCCACUUCCCCCCAGCAAUGCAUUGCACAAAAAAGGAGAAGGUUCACCAAACCCACACCUAAUCUGAGCAGGUCACAACAGACCGAGGAAAAGCCUCUGAACUUGCAGACAACCGAAUACAGUGAAGACAAUCCAGACAGCCUGCGUUCCUGUCCUGUGGAGGACACAACGACUGCCCUGAAUAAAUGCCCGGCCAGUCCCGAGGAACAUCCCACAUCUUCUGAGACUUUAAAGGAGGACUUUCAGGAUCUGAGGGUGAAUGAAUCUAACCUGGACGAUAUCGAAACCACAAUAGAUGAUGAUCUUUCCUUUACAUCAGAUGAAGAAAUUCCAACAGUGAGCACGAAUGUUGUCCAGGAGAUUUUGUCCUUCUUGGAGAGACCAAAUCUUCCCGCCACAUUGUCAAAUGAAGAUGUUGCUAAAUGCAUAGACCCGCUUGAACUAGCUCUGUCUGAGACCUGGGAGAAUAAAGAGCAAAUAACUGAUCUGGAGGAUUGUGAUUCACAUUUAGAAACAAUGACUGAGGAACCUCUGGAGCUGACUGUUCCAACCAGCUGUUUCAAACAAUCUACUGAGGGUUCUCAACAGAACACAGAACAUCAUGAAGAUUCAGCAAGUGACAUUUAUGAUGUCGGAGGAUAUCAGAGCCAUGUUGAAGCAAUGCAUUGUGAGCUGGAUCUGAGCAUGAAGAAGAACAUCACUACAGAAGAUAAGCUUGUGUCAUAUGAGGCAAAUUGUAAACAAGCUCAGGAUCCCCUGUCUCCCUUCCAGUUACUUGGCCCAAAACAAACUAUAGGUCCGACAGUUCCACUGAAGGACACUUUCACUGAUAACAAAGAAACAAGUGACGCGAUUCUGACUGAUGUAUUAAUAGCACCACCUGAUACAUGCAGUCAGGUUUCAACAGAGGCUCUUGGUGCAUCUUUUUCUGAAGCUACAACUAAAUAUCCAAGCAACCCUUGUGAUAUGAACACGAUGCUGUUUUGUGAGACCACAACUGAAGACGUCCAGAGAUCUGUCGGCUUUAGUGAGGAGAACGUAAACUCCAUGGGAAAGUUUCAGCAUUCAAUCUCGGAUUCAGUCAAGGAAGACAAAGCAGAAAACCUUUCAAAAGCUGAUGAGGAAUUUAGUGGAAAUGCAAAAUCCGAUAUCCUGGAUUCAGCUGGAGUAGAGACAGGGGAGGAGCCCACCUUUAUUUUAACUCUGUAUGAGAUUCCCACCUCUCAGCUGUUUCAAGAAGCUUCCUGUAGUCAUCAGGAGAUUCUCCCUUAUGAACUACAGCCAGCAGAAGUUCACACACCUCAUCUGUUCUCAAGUGAUUCACAGUCUCUUCCCUCAACAUUAGAAGAAUCGAGUGCAUUGCUGCAUAUGAAGUCACAAGAGACUGAGAAGCCAUGUAAAAGUGUGUCUGGGAAGGUGGAGGAUGAUUCGUCUGUUGUAGAGGAUGCAGUAAAAUAUGCCAGUAAGCAACAGAUAACCUCAGAGAAGCGCAGCUUUGAUGAUGAAGGAAGCCAGGAAGUGCUCUCUUAUAAUGAUUCUGUGCCAACAGAUGUUACCGGUUUGUUGGAGUUAGGAGAGAAGCCGUUUGAAUCUACAGAAAGAAAGGUUCCUUCUCAAAGAAGAAGCAAGAUAAAGGUGAAGCCAAACCUAAGGCCAUGUGCGAAAGCUGGGCCCUCAAAAACAGAAUGUGCGUCCAGUCAGAAACAUACAGUCAACAUUAAUUUACCAACAUCUUGUGAUAUAGCACAACACACUGAGACAGAGUCCAACCAGAAAACUUCUGUACAAGAAACAAUUGGUUCAUUUGUUCCUAACAUCCUCUCAAACCCUGAAGAAAGUGGGAGACAACCCCAUCAUGAGGGUCCAUUGACUGCCAGUGUGCCAGUCUCCGAAGAUAUACAAGAUAAAGUUCCAAUGUCAUGGGGAAGUCCUGUCAAAACUGAUCUCCAGAUGGACAUAGAUACUGCUGUUGACCUCUCACUGAGAAAUUUCUCAGAUGUUCCUGAUCUACACAGCACUGCCAUUGAGCAGUCCAACGAAGAAGUAGAAGAAGGUUGUGAGGGUGUUUCACAUGUGGUGUUGGUUGAUGCCCUAGUUGUUGCCUCUGGAGAAAUGGAAGAUAAGGGGGACUCUGACUGUUGGGAAACGUCUCUCACUUUCAAUGACCAAGAAACAUUUUCAGACAUUUCUGAAGAGCUGGAUACUUAUGAAGAAGCAUUAAAUUUGACAUCAACAUCUCAAGACAGGACAGAACUAUCUGAAAGCAUGUUGCAAGUGAGGCCUGAAAUCAACCCAGAAACAACUUGUAACAAAGAUGAAUCUUCAAGACAGGAGUAUCCAGACGUUAGGUCUAAUCAACCAGCCAUUACACAGAUUACCUUAGAACCUCAGAUCAAGAAAGAGUCUGAUAAAGGGAAAGAAAAAGAUGAACAAGACGAUUUCUCUGAUAAGUCAAAGGAAGAUUUAGGUACACCGCUAAACUUAACUGAAGAAGUCCUGAAGCAAGAGCAACAGCUUGCACAACUCGCCUCAACAUGUGCUGAAACACAAUCUGUGGAGAAGACUGAGGAUGUGUCACAUGUGGUGCUCUUUGAUAUGUUUGUGGCCGUUUCUGAAGAAAAUAAAGAUGAGGUUCAUAUGGACAGUGAAAGAUCUCCCCUACAUCUUCGUCAGUUGUGUGAAGAUCCCUGUGCUUUAGAGAAAGAGCAGAAUCUCACUACAGACGCAGAUCAGGAGGUAGGGGAGCAUGAGGCUGUUUCACACAUGGUGAUGGCUGAUAUAUUCGUGCCUGUCUCUGAGGAAGUGGAAGAUGGUUUAGGCAAAGAACAGAUGACUAUAAGAAAGAGAAGCCCUCUUAAAGCAGAAACUUCCCAGGUGAAAGAGCGCCCAUUAUGUGCCAUAUCAAAGUCGACAAAUAUGGGGCCAUCUUUAUCACCCAAAAGGAGAAUGCCUUCAAAGAAAGCAGAGCCUCAUUCAACUUCAACAUUGAAACAACAGGAUAUUUGUACUCUGAAGAGGAAGAAAGAGUCAAAUUCAGAAGAGAUUGAGGGCUCAACUCCUUUUGAAAGUGAAAGCUUUGCGCUAUGGCAACAAACACAAUGUGGUGUCAAGACUACAUUAUGUGCUAAAUCGCCGUCCACUGACUCAACGGACAUUGAGGAGGCAUGCGAGGGUGUUUCUCACACAGUGUUUUCUGGUAUAUUUGUUCCUGUAUCGGACGAGACUACAGAGAGCAGUCUUCACACAGAGGCACUGAUGGUUGAGGAGUUGGGUGAUGAAAGACCUACAAAUACAGACAGACAAGAUUUAACUGAAAGUCAGUCUUCAGAGCAUGAUAUGGCUUCCUGUAGAAGAGUUACACAAACAGCUGAAUCCCUGGAGCAUCAAGCUGAGGAGGAAUGGUCUCUCAGAAGUAAUAUACUUCCUAUUGACUCGAAUGAAAUCGAGAACUGGUGUGAAGGAGUUUCCCACAUGUUGCUAUCAGAUGCGUUUGUGCCUGUCUCUGAGGAAGAGAACAACACAGACCAGAAAGAUGUGGAAAAUGCUAAAAGUCUACCAGAGUAUGGCAGAACAUCUGACAAUGCAAACAAAGAACAUCAAGUAGACAGCAUCUCUGACACGCAAAAAACUGUUAAGAAAACGAAAGAAAAACUGCCACAAUCACAAUCAAAAACUUCACCUGAAAGGCAAAGUACCUUACAGAUGACACUACGGUCACCCAGAAGAUCUCCAAAAAAUAAACCUUGUUCGCUCAGUUCAACCCAAGCUGUCCCAACAACACCUCAGCGAGCCAAGACGUCAAAGAAAGAGUCUAUUCAAACUCCCACAAGGCUACAAGCAGAGGAAAUCAUUCGGGAAUGUAGGAUCCCUCUUGAGAGGCUAUCUUUAGAGGAAAUUUGCCAGCAUGACUUGCAACCAACACAUCACAGCACACCUGUCAAUGUGAAAUUUCUUUCUGAAGGAAAUGAUAGCAGAAUAAUUGGUUUAGAAUCACAUGCUGCUCAUGAGCCAACCAUGCCAUCAGAUGGCUGGCCAAAGGUUCUCCUCAAUCGUAUGAAUAUAAUGGCUACUGAUGCAGACACUUCCACAUCUACCUCAUCCCCACCAAGAGUGUCUACAACGGCCUACCGACCACUGGAUGAUUAUCAGUCACCUCAGGGCAGUCCUCACAACUCUGGUUUGAAUACUGGUGACGAACCUGCUUCAGUUUCCCAGUUUUUCCUUCAUAACAUCUUUACUGAAGUUGUGGAUCCGGAUUGAUUCUAAUUUGCUGACCUGUGGGUGAAAUCCCUACUGCUGCUAUCCAAGUUGCAUUAAAGUGAACUCCACUGCUUUGGUGAAUUGUUAUUUUAAAUAGUUUUGUUACAUUAUGUUGACAAAAGGAAAAACUACAAUCAAAAAUUUGUGUUAUAAAUGCCCUUCCGUGUAUUUAUUUUGUGAUGUACAACCCUUCCUCAAGUUCACCAAUCACUGCCUUAUUUAUUUUUAUUUAUUUAAUGAUAAACAUUGCUUAUGAUCAACAAACAUUUGGUUUAUUUUUUUGCUGACAACAGUUUGAGUUUAAUAUCGUGUUUUG